GAACUUGCAUCACGGCCCUUUCAGCUUGUACCAACCCAUAUUCUAUAACUCUCCUUAAACUACAAUCUUUAUAAGAUUUGAUGUCCUUCUCAAAUAUUGCAGCUUAAGCGCCUCCAAUAACAUACGGUUGAAACACUUCCGGUUUUCAACAUGGCGUUGAAUCGAAAAUACGCUGCUUUGCCAGAUUUGGACUCAGCCCCCGAUAUCUACGAAACCCCAGAGCUGACGGAUGAUAAUUCUACUAUUCCGACUACAGCGGGCCGAUCACAAUCAGACAAUGAAUUCGAUGAAGACGACGACGAUGACACUUUAGCGAUUUCUCGUUCGCGACUCCGUAUAGAUGAAGCAAGAUCUCGAUUCUCCCCCGCCCAAGUCGACGCCCGCGAUGCAGAUUUCUCCGGCCGACUAGACAGAAAGCGCAAAUCGUACAAAACAUCUAGUAGAAGGCGGCGAAUUCUCGAAGACGGCACUGAGCAAAUUGGUGACCUAAGCGACGAUGAAAGUGAAUGGCUAGAUAGGAAGAUUGCACGUCUUAAGCGAGAGAUUGAAGAAGCUAAGGAAGAAUAUGGCAAACGGAAAGCGGAAUCCAAAGAAGCCGUGCCAGACCAAGAGGCGGAACUUGUGUCACUCAGCCAAGCAUUGGAAGAGAUGACAACACUUCCGGACAGGGGAAUAGAUAAAGCCUACCCAUCGGCACCAACGCACAAGCAGGCCAAAGCCGACGGCCAGACGUUGGCCCAACAAGCAAUAGAUGAGGCGACGUACACUGUUACCUAUGCGCCGAGUUACGAACAAAGCCACGCUCUUGCGAAAGCCGCCGAUUUCGAUCGACGACUUGCACUACUAGAAAAUGCGAUUGGAGUUACCUCAGCAGCUAUGCCUGAGCUAGAGGGAAAUGGUCUCCCUCGGGCCAUCAUACCUACACUAGACGUACUCCAGAAUCAGAUCUUGACGUUGUCAGAAGCAUCUACCUCAUCUCUCGACAGCAUUAGUCGCAGAGUAAGGACGUUGACCCAAGAGGCUGAGCAAUUGGAAAAGUCGAGAAAGGCAGCCAAAGCUGCACAAGAAUCGCUAGCCUCGGGUGGCUCGCCGGUUGAUACAGAUGAUUCAGAGCAGACGGCCAAGGUCAACGCACUCUACGGAACUCUGCCAACUAUCGAAAGUCUAGCACCCCUUUUACCUCCCUUGCUAGAUCGUCUCCGCUCACUCAGAGCUAUACACGCCGACGCAGCAACCGCUAGCGAUACUCUAGAACGUAUUGAGAUUGCACAAAGUGAGAUGGCUUCUGAUAUUAAACAAUGGAGGGAAGGCCUCGAUAAGAUUGAAGCGGUUAUGGGCGAGGGAGGAACAGCCAUGACAACCAACAUGGAAGUGGUGAAGGGAUGGGUAAAGGACCUUGAAGCCAAGGUAGCUUCAUUGUUAUGAUGUUGGAGAUACUUGCCAACGUAUUGUGAUUUACAUUAACUGAUACCCCAUUGCGCAGAAAUAUGCGAUAUUUUGAGCUUCUGCAGGGAAAAUAGGACGAUAGAAAUGUAUUGGUUUACAAUUUAAGCCGUCGAAUAUUAGAUUUGAUCAUGAA